ACCCUCUGUGUCAUCAGAACAGCACAACCCUCCCAACACCACAAUACACACAGUGAUCACAGACUCGAGUGUGGUAAGACAAUCAAUCCACCAUGACUGUUGAGGUUAAAGCUCAAGAAACCCAAGUUGCUGAAACUUUUGCUGAGCCCAUCAAUGUUGCUGACGAAGCCGAGAAAGUUGAUGUUGUCAAUGGAGAGACUGAAGUGAAGAAAGUGGAUGAUGAACCCACAUCCAAAACAGUUGAGAAAAGCUCUUCCUACAGAGAAGAGAGCAAUUUUCUCUCUGAUCUAAAAGAUAAUGAGCGGAAGGCCUUGAAUGACUUCAAGACCAAACUCGAAGAGGCCAUCCUCGGAAACAAUCUCUUUAAUAAAGAGGACAAGAAAGAGACUGAAAAGGAGGAGGAUAAACCAGAAGGAGAAGAAGAGAAAGAGAAAGACCAAGCAGCAGCUAAAGAAGGCGGCGAAGGCGAAAAAAAGGAGGAAUCGAAAGCCGAAGGAGAAGUCAAGGAGGACAAUGAGCAGAAACCUGAGGCGGGUGACGAAGAGAAAGGGGUGGAAAUUGAUAAAGAUAUCUCAAUUUGGGGAAUUCCCCUUUUGCCCAGUAAGGGUGUUGAAGGCACUGAUGUAGUCCUGCUCAAGUUUUUGAGAGCUAGGGAGUUCAAGGUCAAUGAGGCCUUUGAGAUGCUGAAGAAGACACUUCAAUGGAGGAAGGAGUUCAACAUAGAUUCCAUCUUGAAUGAGGAUCUUGGCACUGAUCUGGCCUCCGCCGCCUACAUGAGUGGUGUAGACCGCGAAGGUCACCCCAUUUGUUACAACAUUUUUGGAGUUUUGAAGAAUGCAGAGAAGACUUUUGGGACUGAGGAGAAGCGGAAUCAGUUCUUGAGAUGGAGGUUCCAGUUUAUGGAGAAGGGUAUUCAGAAGCUUGAUUUCAAGGCUGGUGGUGUCAAUUCAUUGCUUCAAAUCAAUGAUCUCAAGAACUCCCCUGGACCAACAAAGAAGGUACUUCGUGUUGCAACUAUGCAAGCUAUUGGAGCUCUUCAGGAUAACUACCCAGAAUUUGUGGCAAGAAAUAUAUUCAUUAAUGUGCCUUUCUGGUUCUAUGCCUUCCAUGCCAUUUUAUCUCCUUUCUUAACCCAAAGGACUAAAAGCAAAUUUCUUGUUGCUCGCCCGGCUAAGGUCACCGAGACCCUUCUCAAGUACAUUCGGAUUGAGGAAAUCCCAGUCCAGUAUGGUGGCUUCAAGCGUGACAAUGAUUUCGAGUUUUCAAAUGAAGAUGCUGAGGCUUCGGAACUUAUUGUCAAGGCUGGAUCAACUGAGACCAUUGAAUUGCCUAUGGCAGAGAUUGGAACUACUUUCCUCUGGGACCUGACUGUUUGGGGUUGGGAAGUUAGCUACAAGGAGGAGUUUGUUCCUACUGAUGAGGGUUCUUAUACCAUCAUUGUUCAGAAAGGAAAGAAGAUGGGGAUACAUGAAGCACCAAUUCGCAACACUUUCACCAACAAUGAACCUGGCAAAAUUGUCCUCACAAUCGAGAACAAUUCAAGCAAGAAGAAGAAGGUUUCGUAUCGAUACAAGACCAAGAAGAGCUCCACCUUUUGAGAGCUAAGCUUAUUAAUAUAAUCUAUACAAUUCUCUAUAUACCUAUAUAUAUGAUUUUGGUUUGGGGGUGAGAGAGGACAGGAAUAGUAAAUCAAAGUGAGCAUUUUUAUUUUAUUUUAUUUUAUUUUUAUUUUAUUUUGAUAUUCUUCAUUCUUUUAGCAGGAUCAAUAAUGUUCUGUAGUUUCAUACAUAUUAUGAGCUUAUGUUGUUUGGGUUCUCUCUUGUUGCAAAUCUUGUAAGAGUUUGAUGAAAGGGUUUCAAGUUUCAAUUA